ACAUAUGUACAUGUAAUUUUGGGUUAUUCACGAUGUGGAUUCGCUCAACGAUUACGAGAAGAACAGCGCUCGAGCUAAUACGAAUUAAGUCGCCUUAUGUACUUACAGUGAUUGGCAAUCGCACGUUUGAUCGAUCGAUCGAAAUAUGUAAUCGCUGUCUCGAAAGAAAUUUUCUUUGUAAUUCUCGGAGUUAUCGGCUAAUUUCCAAAUUAUCUUUGUCUCAACGUAGUACGUGGUAUACAUUUUCAGCGAAUGGCGUGUUAGUAGUACUUCAAAAAAAUAGAUACUCUGGAAAACAAGUACCGGUAAAUUUAUUCCAAGAGAUACGAAAAUAGGAAGGGAAAAGGCAAGCGAAUCGCAUCGUUUGAAACAUAUCCAAAUGCAAGCCCUUAAAUGUUUCGACACUGGUGUACUAACGUGCGUGGCGUUCGGACAAUGUAUCGCUUUCUGGACUGUAACUUAUGUCAAUUCAUGACAUAUUCGGUGUAAAUACAUCGCGUCUGCGUUACAUUUCGAGAGAAACGUUAAUUUAGAGACAGGGUUCUGACUUGACGCUCACCACCGACACCUUCCAUCUAAAUCUCCCUUUCUCGAAAUCGCACAACGAUUUGUAUAUCAAUGAUUUCGUUUUCUCGUGUUAUCUGUAAGCGAAAGUACGUCUUUCGUGUUUAAACAUCGUUGCCUUUCUCCUUUUAUAAUAUCCGCUUACUCGCGCCCCGCCUCUCCGUUCUCUUCAUUCCUCCUCUCUUCUCUUUCUUCCUAUGACUUCCUACGAGUCUCUUGCUCGUUUUUUCUCUCAAUCUUUUACCUCAACUUAUCUUUCAAAACACGUUUUGCACGAAGAAAUGCGUCAAGCUAGAAUCGUCGAACUCAAAAUCGAAAUUAUUCAGUAUAAUCUAUAGCUUGAUUAGGCCGGUAUUCCAUAACUAACAAACAAAUAAAUGAAUAAGUAACGACGAAGGAGACUUGUCGCGAGAAUCGAGAUGACGGGGAAUCGAGUGACGAACGAAUUGGCCACUAGUACCUUAUAAGGCGCGAAGGUUCGCACAUAGCGACAGCGCUAUCGUCCUCCGAUCUGGCGAAACCGGCCUUCGGCCGUGUUUGCUUCUCGGAUUUCGCAAUUUCGAUUUUCUAGAGAUACUUUCCGCGAUCUCGAAACUGUAACCAAUUCCGCGAGACUAUGCAGCGUGGUUUGCACGUGCGCGCUCGCUAGUUUCGCGAUAAAACAGAUAGAUUUGCCACGAGAUUUAUUUAAGUGGGAAUGUCUGGAGGCAAGCGUCGAACGGUAACCUUUCGUCAACAAUUAACGCGUACGAAGCACUAAGAACGCGAGUGGUACACGUCGAGGCGUGGCGGUGCAUAAACUGUCGCACUCGACCAGCUCGUGAAACGUGUUUGCGCGGUCACGUUGGCAACACUAGCAGGAAAUAGCUUUCAUUGGACGCAGACAGAGACCCAUCGAGUCGGUUCGCCUUCACCCUGCUCCGCAACACCUCGCCACGGUUCCUCUUGUCACGCUUCGCGUUUGCGCAAACCUUCUCGAACCUGGUAAAACACAAAGCGCUUCAAGUACGACUGGAUCCGUGCGAAUUUCAAGCUUUCUACUAUUUGAAAAUUCGUCGUGAACGGUUACACGAUCGCGAGAAUACCACGUGAUUACGCGCAACGACUGUCAAACGUUCUCUAGUGCGAACACGUUGCGUGCAGUGCACUGAUUCCAGUCGAAUCGUACACUUCGAUCGAAACCUUGUCCUCGCUUCUCUCUCUCUCUCUCUCUCUCUCUCUCUCUCUCUCUCUCUCCCGAAGAAUCAGUUUGUAAAGAAGAACUUAACGCAAAAGUAGAAAGAAUUAAAGAAGGGAUAGUUAUUUGAUCGAUGUAAUUCGAAGGGAAGUAGAAGAAAAAAAGAAGAAGGAAAGGAGUAUAAAGAAAAAACUGCUGCGUUGAAAACGAAUGUGAGUAAUUAUGAAAGAGUGGCGUCGAGCGCUUGUCGUGGUAGGGCCUCUUGUACAAGCACGAGCAAACCUCUGAUUGCUGGAGGGAGAAAGAUCUGGUCGGCAACAAGGUGGUUUGUGCAAACGCGUAGGUACGCGUUUCCAAAGGCAGGCAUACGAUCGACAUCUGACUACCAUCUGACGAUCGUUCGUUCGAGAAGCGGCCUGUGGACUCGUGUGGACUGGUGGCCCCUCAGUCGAACGUCGAGCGCGGUCAUCCACGCUACGUUUAUCUUACUUGUGCUCGCGUUCGUCGUUCGAUCGUAAGUCAACCGCGUGGCGAGAAGAUCGCGUUACGUUCUUUCAAAGACCGUACACCUAUAUAAAAACACGGAAUUUCGUAAGUGCAUGAAUUGAUCGAAAAGCCGAAGAUCGAUUUCUGAUCGACUUCCUUGGGAAUCGUAUCCGCGCGAACCAAGCAACAUGUCGGAUUUGGUCGGAUACUCGCAUGAUUUUCUCGCGGAAUUCAUUCACCUCUACCGUAGUUUCCGCUGUUUGUGGCAGGUCAGGUAUAGGGGAUACAAGGACAAGAUACUUCGAAAUCGUGCUUAUGACGCUCUCGUGCAAAAAUUGAGGGAGGUUAAUCCGAUCGCGGAUAAAGAGACUGUCAUACGAAAAAUCAACACGCUUAGAACCGCGUUCAGAAGGGAAUACAAAAAGGUGCGCAAUUCGCAAAAGAUGGUCCAGAAUCCUCGACUACGAUACAGAUCUUCGUUAUGGUACUACGAUAUUUUAAAGUUCGUAGCGGAACAAAACGAAACGAGUCCACUAGAUGAAGAGAGAGACUUUAAGAAUGCUUUGGCUAACCCAACGGAUCUCUCUCAAGAGGAGAUGAUGUCUGUGCAAACGGACGUAGACAAGAUCGAGCCACCGUCACCUGUACCGUCCCCGGCAGCUAGCUCUGCUCCGGCGUUUCAACCGAUCAUCCUUGAAACCGAGGGCUCGUACGCCAGAAGAAUUUCCACCUCCGCAUCGGCCGAUCCUCUCAGAAGGAAAUGCCAUCAACAACCGGAAAGCUUUCAAGAUCGUCAGCCGAAGGACUCGACGUGUGAAAUCUCUCCGAGACAGUUUGCCAGCUCCGUAACUGACGACCAUUUCGAGACGUUUGGUCGUUAUGUGGCUGGCAAAUUGAGGAAAUCGAUGCCUCGUCAAAGUAUUAUCGCCGAGAAAGUAAUCGCGGAGGUCCUCUUGAGAGCUAAUCUCGGCACCUUGGAAGAAGCUACCUGUCUUACGGAAAAAGUACCUUCUCGUUGCUUCUUAGUAAUGGGCGAUCGUUGAAUAUCACCGAUCCAUCACCGGCGUCCGUUUCUCCCUUAUUUGUUCUCUCCAACAGUCGCCAAUGUUUUGCGUUCGUUUACGCCGUUCAUCCCCUGUCUUUCCGUUAAGCUGCAUACCCGGUCGCAUCUUUGAUCCAAACUGACGCGCGCGUUUGUACUCAAUGGUCAGGGAAGAACAGCGAACCAUCGGCUGCCGGUCGAACAAAACACAACCUCGACAAAUUUGCUCGCGAGAAUGGCAGACAGGUCGCAUCGCAGACGAGUCAAUUCUGGCAGCCAGCCAAUCAAACAAGACCUUUUGUUUUCCUACGCGUGAAAAACCCAGUGCACCACGAUACAUACGUAUUUUUUAUACGAAUAAACCAGUUUCUUUGUAAGCAGAUGAUAACGAUUUCUAUUUUUUUCUUCUGUUUUUCACUCGAGAUCAAUCCACGAUUCCAUAAUUAUUCGUUUUAUAGCAACAUUUUUAUCCUAAUUACGACUAGUCUCUUGACACACCUUUUCCAGGAAUUUUUCUAUUUCGUUUUCGCUUUCCCACAGCGAAUCCAUCCCGAUGAAUUCCAUCGCCCAACUUUGAUCCAAGUCGCUUUAAACUUUUGCAAUGAAAGCUUCGUGUAAUCGGUCAGUCAGUUGUAUUACAUCCGAACCAGGUAUCAUCGAAGUUCUCUUGCCGAUACGAUGAUUUAAGCUUAGACGAGAUAGUAGUAUCUUAGAUCUUAGAUUACCUAGCCACGUUGCAUUAAACCGGCCGCAUAGGAAAAUGACAUUAUCGAGACGUUAUAAUUAUCGCUCGAAACGCAAUUACCCUUUGUGAUUCAAGGUUAGCUUAUUCAAUAACAAUAAAUUGUUUAAGAAAUUUUUUAUGUAUCAUGUUCUGUGUAUUGAAAUAAAAAGUUAACGGUUGA